CCAAGAUUAAAUUUUAAUCCAUCUUAUAAACUAACUAAACUUGAUCUAGACUUGUGAUUAGCAAGCUUACUCUUGACAGAUUGAAGGCUUGCAAUCCUUUUCAUGAUAGCAAAUGAAAUAGCAAGAGAUGCUAACCAAAACGGUAUCAGUUGCUAUUAUUUACAGUUUGAUGCUACUCAAUGUUGUGAUCAAUUUUUUACUGGCUCUUCAUUUGGUGGAUCACAAAUGAAAAAUGAUUAGCAUCAACAUCUCUAAACAAUUUAUAUAAUAAAUUGUACUCCUCACCUUCACCAAUCAUGGUUUCGUUUAAGCAAAGAGUAUUCAGGAUAAUCGGAGCAAAUUUCUGAUCGUUAAAAUUGAAAAAGAAAGAGGAAAAAGGUGAAACAAAAAGUGGAAGAGUUUAAGGAAUCCUUUCCAAGCUACUGACAACACACUGAACAAGAUAAAGGAACCCAAUUUCGCAACACCAAAAAGAUCAACUUUACCAUUAUCACCAUCAUCGUCAUCAUUUUCGUCAACAACUAACCCAUCAACAUUGUUCAUAAAGCAGCAAACAAAAGGCGCUUUUUUGUCCAACCUUUACCUGGUUUUUGUUUUUGUUUUGUUUUUUGCGGAUAUUGCACAUUACAUAUUCCAGAUUUACCUUACCAGUGGAAACUCUGAGGAAAUUGAGGACAAAAUCCAAGCAAACAUGAUGAAGCAAAUGGUUUACCUGCUGAUUGGUUUCUGUGAUGAUUGUAGGAUAAUCAGCGAUAAUGUUUAUUGUGUUUCCAGUGAUUUUCAAAAUCUAACUCUUCGGUGAUGAUGCUGUUUCUGUGAUAAUCAACUAAUCUUUUUAUUUCCACACCACAACUAUCAUCAACCAAAAGAAAAAAAUUCAUCAACAAAUCAUCUUUGCCUCGUUAUCUUCAUCUUCAUUAUUGAUUAUCUUGAUCUCCUCGCCAAACAUUUGAUAUACAUUAACACACUACCUCACUAUAAAAAUUUAUCAACAUGAUACCUUUUACAACAUGCAUGAAAUUCAACCGGAAACGUAUGAACCGUGGAUCGAUAAGUAAACAACAGCAACAGCAACACCAGUUUAGUCAACAGCAACACAGCCAACAACAGCAACCCCAAUUAGUUAUAAUCCCAGCCGAUCAGUCAACUUUGGCCCCACCAAAUAUCAAUCUGGUUACAGAUAUCCAAAGUGUUCCACCCUUUCUCCAAUGUCCAGAGAAUCGUUUAUUGUUAACAUUACGGAGAUCCAAGGCUGUCCAACGAUCCAUUCACAUUGACCCAAUUGCCCUACUUGAUUACAGUUAUCAUGGAGUUACCGAUCGUUUUCUUGAAAAUGCUUCCAAUUGGAGCUUCAAUUCAUUUACAUUGGACACUUUGACCGGAGGUCAUUCCCUAUCAAGUCUCCUUUUCUACCUUUUCAACAAAUAUAAUUUCAUUUCUGAAUUUAAAUUAGAGAUCAUCAAUGUAUGGAAAUGCUUCCGACUCUUUGAAAAUGGUUACCAUGAUACCAAUCCUUACCAUAAUUCAGUUCAUGCAGCUGAUGUGACACAAGCUAUGCACUGUUUCAUUGAAGAGGAAAAAAUUGGUCAACAUUUAACUCCAAUGGAAAAGAUGUGUUCCUUGUUGGCUGCUGUAGCCCAUGAUCUUGACCAUCCAGGAGUUAACCAACACUUUCUCAUUGCAACCAAAAGUCAUCUUGCAUCGCUUUACAAUAAUCUAUCAGUUCUUGAAUCGCAUCAUUGGAGGUUUGCCAUGUCGUGUUUAAAAGAGUCGGGAAUUUUUAGUCACUUUGAUGACAAUCAAUGGUCAAUGGUUCAGUUUUUACUACGUAGUCUCAUCUUGGCCACCGAUGUGACUCAACAGGGAAACUAUUUAAGACGAUUUCGCGAUGCUCUACAGAAAGGAACCAUUAAAAUGACUUCUCCAGAUGACAGGCUUUUCGUGAUGCAAAUUGCUCUAAAGUGUGCUGAUCUGGGUAAUCCAGGUCGACCCUGGGUUUUAUCCCAAAGAUGGACAACUCAAAUUUGUAAUGAAUUUUAUCGCCAAGGUGACUAUGAAAGGCAGCUCAAAAUGAAAGUGACUCCAAUAUUUGAUCGUCGCACUGCAUCAGUAGCUCGUAUACAGACAGAUUUCUAUCGUAAUAUUGUAUCACCUUUAUAUCAAUUGUGGGACCAGUUUUUAGGCUCAAAGCUUUCACGUCGAAUCAUAUUUAACCUGAAAUUCAAUGAUUCUCAAUGGGUUAACCGUUUACAAAAGGUUAACGUGAAAAGGAGACAUUCAUAUGAGACAAUGAACGAGAAGAAGAGAAAAGCCAAAGAUAUUUCAAAAAGUCUGGACGAUAUCAUGUCGAUUGAGGAGAUUUCAUUAGAUGAACUUAAAGAUACACCAAAGGUUGGCUCAAUGGAUGACAAAGGAUUAGCCUGUUGUUUACCAAUUCUGGGGUCACCUUGUUCAUCUUCAUCCUUGUCAUCGUCACCUAAAGUAACACUUGAACCUGGAAGGUUUAGAGGUUUCAGUGGACUGAGGAAAGAGCUGGCCAUGGGUGGCGAUGAAACGGAACACAUUGAUAGUCAUGAAGACGAUAAUGAGGAAGAUGAAGAUGAUGAAGGUGAAAGGAUUCAUAUUGGUAAAAAGCAAUGUAUUGGACCCAAUGGAUGUGGAACUCCGAGUCCACCCAAAGAAAAGCGAAGUUCCCUUCCAAUUAUAUCGAUACAGACCAGUUUGGGUUCCUCUUAUGGUUCAUCUCAAUUAAUCAAUUUAUCUUCCAAUUGUCCAAAUGUUUUUCAAUCUCAAUCUCAUCAUCAGCUAAGCAACAUGUCAACCAGCCAAACAACGAUGAAAAGUCAACCUAAAGCCCAACCAUUAACCGUAACCUCAAGCCAACCAACAACCCAGUCAACAUGUCAACCGACUAACAGCCAAACCAGUUGCUCAUCUUCACCCUCAUCUCAUCAUCAUUCACGUCGUCAUUCAUAUCAUAAUAAUAAUAACAAUAGUAAUAAUAACAGUAAUAAUAAUAAUAGUAAUAACCAUCAUUAUCGUCACCAUCAUCAUCGCCAUUCAAUUCAACAUCAACCAACAAUAACACAGCCUUGUUUGCCUUACAUUUCCGUUUCACAGCCUAUUUCAGGUUCAACGGAUUGUACUUAUGGAAGUGAUUCCGGUGAUACUGAAUUGUUACCUGAAGGUUCAACUUAUGGUACUUAUACUGGUUUACCUCGGGUUGUUGAACAAUUAAUGAAUUACGAACAAUCAAUUGACAAAGUUACCUGUUUACCUCACUCUUUCUCAACACUGCCAGGUUAUCCAACAUCAACAUCAUCAACAAAUACACCUUCAUAUCCAUCUCAAUCAAUUGUCGAUACAGCACAAUUUUGCCGAGGUCGUCGCGGUUCAGCUCCAGGUUGCAUUGGAAUUUAUACUGGAUGUGAACUGGCUGCAGCAGCAUUGGUCUUCCUUCAUGGGACAGUCUCGGAGAAUGAAGAUUCCAGUUUUCCUGAACCAGAUGUAUCAUCUCAUUCUGCUCAUUUAUCAAGCUCAUUGAUUCACCUGAAAUGUCCGUCACUUUUAAAGCCAUCAGUAACCUCUUCGUCGCAAUCGUCACCUUCAUCUUCUCCACCUCAUAUUUCAUCGUACAACUUGAAACAGCAAGCGAGUUCAUCUGUUCAACGGCCAACCCUGUUCUUAAAAACCAAUAAUAAUAAUAUUAGUAAUAGUAAUAAUGAUCCUGAUUUCAUCAGUAAUAAUAAUUGUAAUAAUAAUACCGAUAAUAAUAAUGGUAAUAAUAAAGGACAGAAGAGACGUUCAUCUUUUCCAGUUUGCGAUAGUGGACAUUAUUUUGGUUAUCUGGCGACUGAAGGUGGAAACAAGUUAAACAGUAGGAAAAGCCCAUCAUCGUAUCUCCAUGGUACUGCCAAAUCAUCUUCACCUAGGUUAAAAGGACGCUCAUUGGAACUGCUAAUGUCCUCAUUAACUGCCAAAACUAAAUUAUUAACCAAUCAAUCAUGUUCACUUGAUUCUGCAUCAGAAUGCCGUUCAUGGUUGGUUAAACGAGAGGAAAGACGAGGUUCAAUUCCUCAAGAUAUUUUAAUUCAUUCACUGGCCAAUUAUUCAGCCAAUGCUUUAUGAUCAAAGACACAUUUUAAUAGCCAAGUCAAUGAACAAUGGGUAAACUUCCCCAGGAAAAAAAGGAGGACACAAAAAAAGUCAAGAACAUCAAAAAACACAUUCAAAAAUGAAAAAAAACUAAAAGCCAUUGUUUUGAGUGUAACAUAUGGACAAGUUGAUGUAUGGGUUUUUUGUUUCAAUUAAAUAGUUAAUUAAACUGUUUGCGUCUUGAUAAAGAUUCAGAUCAUUCAUUGUUUUACUCUAAACAUGUUUAGUCAAACUGAUUUAUAAAAGAAAAACAUUUGAAAACAAUUUGAAAAAUAAUUUAUUACAAAAACAAUAAACAAAACACUUUUAAUCCAAA